UUGAUAAUACACAAUAUGGCGACUUCGGCGGUUAUGAAGGUGGAAUCUCUUAAAGACAACUUUGAUGAUUUAUUAACAUGCACUAUUUGUCUUGAGACUUUCAAAGAGCCCAAGUAUUUGCCCUGUCUUCAUACGUUUUGUGAGUCAUGUAUUAACACUUAUAUCAAUUCGACUGAUAAUGAGGAGAAACCAACAGGGUUCAAAUGUCCUUUAUGUAAACGCCUUGUUUCAAUUGUUGACAAUGUUGAAAACCCCAAAACAUGGGCUAGACAAUUACCUUUGAAUCAUUUGAUAAUGUCGAUGAUAGAUAGAAAAGCAAUGAAAACAUCCGAGAAGCUUUGUGAUGCUUGCAGUUUCAGAAAUUUAUCUCAGAAUGCCGUGUCCUUUUGCACGGUAUGCGAGGAGGCAUAUUGCGAAAACUGUGAGGUUCAUCACAAAACAUACAAAAUAACGCGAAACCACAAAAUCGUUCCAAUCAAAGAAAUAAAUGCUGAUAAUUCUGCCUUAAAUUUGUUGGGAGUUUUCACUUGUGACGAACAUCCAGACGAGAGAAUAAAGAUAUAUUGCAAAGACCAUACAAAGCCAUGUUGUACAGUUUGUGCUACGGUCCAUCAUAGAAGGUGUGCACAAGUCGUUACCAUAGAUAAAGCUGUAUCCGGUGUAAAAGAUUCUACAAAGGCACAUGAUCUUAUGAAUAAGUUGAAAGAAAAAAGCGAUCAGUUAUGCAAAGUUCUUCAAAAUCGCAAGCAAAACAUAUCAACAUUUGAAAAAGAAAUAGAAGCUAUUGAGACAGGAAUAAGUAACUUGCGGGAAAAGUUAAAUAGACAUUUAGAUAAACUUGAACAAAAGUUAAAAGACGAAGUUAGGAACACACGGAAAUCUAACGUCCUAAAACUGAACGAUGAAACUAUAGUAUUAUCCACACUAAAGAGCACCAUUGAUAAUUGGAAGAAUAUUUUUGAGGCUUGUUUAUUUCAAGGAUCGGAAUUACAAUGUUUGGUUACAAUGGAAGAUAUAUUUAGUAAACUACCACAGUUCGAAGAGGAUUUGUCUAAAGUAGUGCGUGAAAUCCGAGAACUAUCAGUAGAAAUAGAAGUUACAGAUGUUAUUAAAAAAGUAGACACUCUUGGUAGUGUUAGUCUGAAAGAACGAAGACCUUCGAUCUCUGGAAUAAAGACCAUAAAUUUCCUCACAGGAAAAUUUAAAGUUGUAUUUACAAUAGAUAUUAGUGGACACUAUAUAAGUGGAAUAUUCUUUAAUGAUGAUAUAGUUAUAACAGAUUAUAGUAGUAAGAAGAUAGUUAGCUAUGACCCCAACGGACAAAAGAAGAAAGAACUAAAAAUUUAUGAUAAACCGUCUGACAUCACUAAAGUGAAUGGUGAAACUGUUGCUGUGUCGUCAUACCCACACAAGAUCUUUGAGAUUAAUAUUGAAGCAAUGACAUUACUGAGAACGCUGACCGUUAAUGUAAAUGUAUGGGGAUUGUGUUUUGUAGGAGAUGAAUAUAUUACCUCUCAAUGUAAAACUAUUUCAUGGUUGAACUCUGAAACCGGUGCAAAACUUAGAUGUUGUACUACGGGUUCAAAUACACCAUUUGUUACUUGUUACAAGUCGAAUAAGUACAUCUAUACAAAUAGCAAUAAUUCUAUCAGACAAGAAUCGACCACAGAAAAAUGUUUCGAUUACAAUAGUAAAGCUUUAGUAACUCCGCUUAGCCAGGCUAUUGAUUAUGAUGGGAAUGUUUACGCUGUUGGGCAUGAAUCUAAAAACAUUCAUCAGCUAACCUCUACUGGAGAAUUCGUCCGAAUAAUUCCUUUAUCCGAUAUAGAUAAUACAUUGAAUGCUAAUCCGUGGGUAAUGCGAUUUAAAGAGGAUAGUAACAGGUUUCUGUUGACGUUUCAUUAUCAAGGAAAAGUACGUAUAUGCGAAAUUGAAUAGAAAAGUACGUAUAUUCGAAAUUGAAUAGAAAAGUACGUAUAUGCGAAAUUGAAUAGAAAAGUACGUACAUGCGAAAUUGAAUAGAAAAGUACGUAUAUGCGAAAUUGAAUAGAAAAGUACGUAUAUGCGAAAUUGGAUAGACAGGCCUUACUGGCUAAAUUUGAAAAAUAAAAAUGUCACUAAUAUGUUAAAAUGGAUUACACAAAAUGAUUUGCUCUCAUUUAAUCUGUUGUUAUAUCACUAAAAAUAAAAUUAAUCUGUUUAAACCAAAUAUUCCCUUAGUGGCCAUUUGAUAUUAAAAAAGUGAAAGGAACAACAAACAAUGAACGAGUAAUUGCAUUUAGGGAAUUUUAGGUAAUAAA